GGGUUUAGUUUGUUGUUGCGAUGGGGCUGCUGUCUGGUAUGGAAACGUCUAGGCGGCAGAAAAUAUUUCAAAAGCUGACGAAAAACGAAUGGUGGAUAGGAAGUUUGAUGUAUGUGCUUGGUGUCGGGCUUUUUGUUGCAUUGGCUCAUGAUUCUUUGAGCGCACGUCUGUUUGUCGAUGAGAAUGCUUUGUUGCCGGGAAUUGCGAGUGAGAGAUUUAGUGGUGGAAAUGAAGCACAGACGAUGGCUGGAGAAUGGGAGACUUUCAGUACAAGAGAUCAACUUGUUGAAUGGCUGACAACCAAACUGACAACCAUCGGAAUCGAAGUAUACACACAGAACUUCUCUGCUCCACUUCCUUUCCCCGAAACACAUCAACACCAGACAAUUUCUGGUGUGAAUGUGUAUGGAAUAUUACGAGCGCCACGUGGAGCUUCCGUUGAGUCAAUCGUCCUCUCAUCACCAUACAGACUAUUCACCCAUACUUCCGAUGUCCAACCAUCUCAUUAUGGUGUCGCCUUAUUGAUAUCUCUAGCCAACUAUUUUAGACACCUCAAUUAUUGGUCUAAGGAUCUCAUCUUCUUGUUCUAUUCUGAUGAGCUCGUUGGCAUGCAAGCGUGGACAGAAGCAUAUAUGGGAACGAAGCUAAGCAACAUUCAGUUUUCUCAACUCACUGGACGAUCAGGCAAUAUUGACUCGGCAAUCAACAUCGACAUGCCAUCAGCACAAUUCAAGGCAAUCGACCUUGACAUGGCUGGUAUCAAUGGCAUGCUGCCAAACUAUGACAUCUACAGCAUGUCAUGGAAGAUCGCAUCGAAUUACAAACGCAUGAUACCUACAGGACCAUUCGGAGAGGGUGCUCGUUACCCAACUGAUUUUGUACAAAAUGCACUCACAAUGUUACGGACGGUGUCUGCUCAAGCGAUUGGAAUACCAUCGGCUGGUCAUGGGCUGUUAGUCAGACAUAGGGUGGAUGCCUUGACGGUUCGGGCUUUACCGAGUGCACCAUAUGUGAAUGUGAAGAGAUUUGGUCUACAAGACAUGGGAAAAGUGAUAUCCAUGAUCGUUCGUUCACUCAACAAUCUCCUUGAGCAUCUCCAUCACUCGUUCUACUUCUAUGUCCUUCCCAACGCCAACCACUACGUUUCAGUAUCGCUCUACACUCCACCGUUAGCACUCAUUCUAUCCGGCACGAUUCUCAAAGCCGUAUCCAUCUGGGUUGUCACAGGACUGAAGAGGGACAGUAACGGUGUACCAUGUCAGGGACAGUUUGCAUUUGGUGAAGUACAGCGAAAUAUUCGGUUGAUUUUGCCUGCGUUUUUGUGCAGUCAGUUGGCGGGCGUUCUGGUUUAUGUGGCGCCGGCUGUUGGUGUGAUGUGCAUGGCGAGUUUGAGUGGGGCUGAUGGUGCACUGAUUGCACUGGCUGUGGCUGGUGUGGGAAGUGUUGUAGUUGUGCCUCUUGUGAUCAGGAAAUUCAGCUCCACUACUGACCCUCACAACAGUCAGUGGGCCAUCUUACAUUGUUUCGCGCUCGUCAUUCAACUACUAACACUGACCGGUCUCUCAAUGAUGAACUUCGGUCUCGGUCUAUUCUUCGCAGUCACCGCAGUCAUCCCAACUCGACUACUAACACAACAAACCAAUCAAUCAUGUCGUGCAAACAGACACUCUAUCCGGUGGUUUCUGCAGCUGUUUUUCGUCACAUUGGCAUCCCCACCAGUCACUUUAUGGUUCGGGUGUUUACUCCAUUGUUUGCUCAACGGGCAGUCAUCAAGUCUGUCAUUCAUGUUGUACUUCACUGAGACAUCGGGUACGUUCAGAGAUGGUGUGCUUGCUGCUUUACGGCACCAACAGUUGACAGGCAUGUGGACGUAUGCGGCAGUCACUCUUGUUUUGUGGCCAAACUGGCUGCUGUUUUGGACGACUCUGUGGCAGUCACCGGUUGAUAUCAAACAUGAUGUGACCAAGAUGAAGAAGGAGCAGUAGGGGGUUGUGGUAGUUGGGUGGGAUGCAUACUGAGGGAGUCGUUUUAUUGAUUGGUCGGUUGGUGGGUCAACUGUCCUCUUGUAUAGUGAUAUUGAAUCAGAGCUAAGGGAUGUGA